CGGGUCAACAAGUAGGAGUUGAAGCAAAGCAUGUUUUUCGAAGCCAGUUUGACGGUGUUGUGCGAUCCCAAUCCUGAUCCACCUGAGUACGAAACACUUCGAGCGACCGGCAAGACGGAGGAAGAAGCCAGGACUGCCAUUGCUGUGGCUUUGCAUGAGUUCUUCUUCUCACAACCGAUAUCCGACAAUGAAGAGGAUAACAUGCACGACUACACAACACCGUUGGGAUUCCUCGAUUGCUGCCGAAGAGGGUUUGAGGGAGACGACUUUCGCCCCACAGCAAACAGCAUGUGGGAUGCGCUUCGAGAUGCGUAUGGUACUCUCCAGGUAAUCCAGAAGGAAGGAGACGGCGAUGAAGGGGAAACAGCCGCAGACAACGGGGCCAACAACAGCGAACAAGACAGCAACACAAAAGCCGUGGAGGGCCAGGAGGCCAAAACUAACGCGGGGGUAUCGAAAAAGCGAAAAACAGAUCCCGAUGACAUUGAUAAGGGCGACGACGCCAAAGAGAAGAGUCCAAAAUCUGCCAAAAUCAAGACUGAUAAAUAGGAAUGUAUGCGUCGGCGAGUUGGGAGGAACGGUGUCGAACUAUCUGAGUGGCGUCUAAGUGCCGGUAACCAUCGUGGUUCGAUCCACACCAUGCCCCGCUUCCUCAAAAUUCUCGUGGAUCGACGACGGGUCGCCCUCUUGUCGCCCCCUCGUGUCGCACUAUUGGCCCGGACAACCAACCCCCAUACCACCACUCAAGCCCGUCACAAGGACCAAUUCCUGGUCCAGCUCCCAAAUCAUCUCCAGGAAAUCUAUGGUCCAUCUUCCAGCAACACACUUGGGCCAGAACCUGAACUCUCAUCACCGUUCAUGUUGUUGGCCGCUAGAAAAGGCUCCGCCGGUACUACUCUUCUUCGAGCUCCCUUUGGGCACGAUACGCAGUGGCAAUCCAACAUCUUGAUCCCUUGGGUUGCAACGGAUCUGUGCCCUCCAAAAUGUCGCGGAAAAAUCCCCAGGGUCCUGCCAAUCGGCAUCAUGUCUUUUAGCGCACAAGCCCCCACCCCAGCUGGUCUUCCCAUCUCAAUCCACCCAAUUCGGCACAAACUGAUUGUACACCCCCCCCUGACUUGGUCAUCUGCGUUUGUUGCACGA